UACAAAAAUAUCUAUUUACUUCAAAAAUAUGAAUAAAAAUGUGAUAAUCUUCAUUCCUGAUGAUCUAGAAUAUCAUAAAGUAGGAUACAUAAGUGGCCACAAAAUAAUAUUCCCAGAUAUUGUUGCCUACUAUGUCUUCACUGGAAAAAUUCUGGAAGUCUGCCCAACUCACUGUGUAGGAUAUAUUACAGGUUCCUCAAAGAAAAUCAACGAUAAUAGUGGACUGGACUUAUUGAUCAACAAUGAAAAUAAAUCAACAACCAUCAGUGGAAAUUGUGGAAUGUCUUACAAAACUAUGGGAAUCACAGAAGUGGUUUAUAAUUACAACUCUUUCAAGAAUUCUUAUCCCCACAGUAAGACAGAACAUUUUGGAAAGCAUUUUGUAUCUUUAGUAGAGUAUAUUGAAAAAGACAGACAAUCUGCAGUGAAAUUGAAACAGAAAAGUUUCUUAGAUUCUAUUUUACUUUCAUUUAUCACUAUACUAGUCAUUCUUCUGAAACUACUGGAAAAUGCAAGACUGAUAUUUUCACAUUCUUCAACGUUUCUACAUUUCAAAGAGAGCUGCAUGACUGUUAAAUUUUUUUUGGAAGGUUUGCAUAAUGACAAGAAAUUAACUCCCAAACUUGGAAACAUUCUUGUAUCAAGAUUGAUUGAUCUAAUCAUGGGUAUAGUAGUAGUGGAUUGGUUUUUAUUGAAUGAAUCAGAAAUUUUGGAAUUUAUUCAAAAAUCAACAGAGGAACUGAUAACAAACCUCAAAAAUCUCUUGGUGUAUCUCAUGGGGUCCCCAAUUGGUUUGAAACUAAAUUACUCCUUCAAUAAAUCUCUGGGCCAAUUUUUUUUCUGCCAUAUAUCAUUAUGGAGAAUAUUCCUGCAAGGACUCCAACCAUUGCUGGUGGGAUAUUUCAAAGUUCUUGUUCUACCAGGAGCAUUGGGAUUAUCCUUCCAAAUUGCUAUGAUUUCAGAUGUCAUAUCAGUGGCCACAUUUCAUGUUUAUUGCAUUUAUGUUUAUGCUGCCAGACUCUUCAACCUUCAGCUGAGAGGUUUGACUUCAUUGUGGAGGCUAUUCAUAGGAAGAAAAUAUAACCCUCUAAGGCAACGUGUGGACUCCUGUCAGUAUUCGCAGAACCAACUAUUCAUUGGUACUAUGGGAUUCACCAUACUAUUAUUUCUACUGCCGACGACUACUAUGUACUACACCGUUUUUUAUGUAUUACGGUUGACCACCCUGUGUAUAAGCAAUUUAUUACAGAGAAUGAGACAUCACCUCAAUACAUUGCCAGUUUAUAUUUUGAUACUCUGGAUUUUCAAUUGUCCUUCAUUGUCAGGCAAACUAAUUUUGAACCAUAAAGGAUACGAUGAGAAUGGAACAUUGAAGAUCGAGGCCAAACUCACGAAAUUUUCACUAGCGAGUAGUAUUCAAAAAUUCAUUCCGGAUACAGAGUUAGGUAAAGUCAGAACGGAAGAAUGUUUGGACCAUGCGCGAUAUUUUUUUCAUUUCUCAGGGUUUUUUCUUUCUUUUGGAACCUACAAAAGGAAAUAUACAUGUUGAAUUCCCUUUCAUUCUUUUAUUUGCUAUGGUCGUUACUUCAUUUGAAGAAGCUAAGUUUGCUUGAAAUUUGUGAUCUAGUGCCUAACCAAGAAACGACCAUUCUGAAUCGUUUGUUUCCAUUCAGCAAAGUAUUUCCAUAAUUUUAUUGUUUGUUUUUCAUAAAGGAAGAUUAACAAAACCUUACAAAAAUUUAUUAUAUUCGAAACAGAACUUAGUAAGGGACAUUAAUAUUUUAUUAAAGUAGUUAUUAUUUGGGUUGUGGAAACCUAUUUGAAAUCUCAUUCUUUUUUUUUUAAUGAUAUUUUCAGUAGUACAAAUCAGUGACCAUUUGUAUUGGCGGAUUUCAAGGUCAUCAGAUGACAUUGAGAUGGUAUUUAGCCUUAAUGGAAAAAGCGUACGCCACCUAGCGAAGCUUUUGAAAGCUCUCAAAGCGGUCUGUUCACUUUGUUUUUAUUGGUUCACAUUUAUUUUUUGUUUGUGAUCAUCGGUCAAUCCUUCAAAGCAAACAUCUCAGAAGUGUUCAAGUUGUUGUCGUUAGGUGGGGCGACGUGAUAUUUUCUAUCUCGAAUUUUUAGACGUCAUUGCAAUGUUAGAUGUUGACCUUGAAAUCUGCCAAUAGGGUUUCUUUUAUUUAAUAAUGGGUGUUUUUCAUUCCAACGAAAAAAGUCCGCACUGAUAAAUGCGCUUUUUUGUCGUGAUGUAACCAAUUUUCUGAUGGAAUUUAUGAUGGAACCGAUGCUGCAAUGGAAUAUACAACAGAUUGAUGGAAAAACGGAUUUCGUCUGUCAUGUAUCUUCUGAAUCAGAAGAGGCUGCAACGAUUUUAUUGAUUAAUACUAGCUCCAUCUUCUAAAAUCUCAAGAAUCUCAAAAAUCACGUGAAUUCUAUCAAAUCAAAACAAAGAAUGUGUCAAUCGUCAUGUCAUUCUCCUCCAAAUCGCUGGAUUCUCUCAAAGCAAAUUGAAAGUGAGCAUGUUAUAAGAACAGUUUCAUGGAUUUCAAUCAACAUUUCAGCGGAAUUUUGCAACAGUUUGAUCGUUUUUUUGAUUCAUUAGCAUGACAAAAUGUUGGAAUGAAAAACGCACCCAAUUUGUAUAACUUUUUUUUCCAAAGUUUUGUUCUUGUCAAUGCAGUGCUGACAUAUAUUUGAACACAAAUGGAUAUAUUUCAAUAAAACAUUUUCAGGAAAUAGACGACUAUGUAUUUCACAUUUCCCUCCAAUAUUUCGAACUAUGGAAUGAAAAUAUUUUGUUUAGAUCAAGAUUUCCAUUUGUGUUCAUAUUUAUGCCACACAAUGGAAAAUAUUCCACAGGUCAUUCUGUAGAAGAUAUAGGUGUUAAUUUCUAAAACCAUGCAAAGCAUUUGUUAAAAAAAUCGUCUAAAAAUCCUUCCAGCACCAACAGUAAAAAGUAAAAUGAACAGAAAAAUGAAUUAAAAGAAAGAAACAUGUAUUCAAAGCUGUGAAAGCCAGAGUCCAAACAUUAAUUUCGGAUUUUUUUAUACAACACCGAAAAUGCCAUGAAUGCCUUACUGAUUUUGAGCAUCUUACGUUUUGCCGGGGUGGUCUGAGUUUCAUUUUCUCGCAGGCGAUUCGAAUCGAUUACGGAAUUUUUGUAUCCGUUCAAAAAUCGUUCGUUAUCGGGUAAUUUGUCUCUCUCCUUUACUAGCAGCUCUUGUUUCAAAUCUGAAAAAAAAUCAUAGAUGUCAUUAGCGAACAGCACGAUCCUCUUGCGAGAACAAACAAUGUUAUGUAGCCCAAUAUCUAUUUCUAAAAUAUUACUGAAAAAGUUAUAUUUUCAAACAAGAUUGAUCACUUAUUUCAGUUACAUUUUCAUGACAAACAAAAUGCUUUGGAAAGGUUUUAAUAAAAACAAAUAAUGUUGGCACUGGAAAUAUGAGUUUUCCUAGGACCACCUAUGAAACCA